ACUUUGUCGCUUCUGAAGGGAGGUUCCUUGGAAGACGGUGCGGUUCAGAAGAUAAAAGCAGCCCAACACCAACUGGUGAAGGAGUUAGCCCUGCAGGAGUGGCUCUUCAGCCAGGGCCUGGAGCACUACUUCCACACACUCUUAACUCAAGACUACUGACUACAGAUGUAGCCCGCUCUUCUCUGCUAUUGGGUAUCAAGAUCAUGUGAUCUUACAUUACAACAUUUGUCUUCAAGGUAUAUUACACAUCAGAUUACUACAGAUUUGCAGUCAGACAGGCUGAAACAUGAAGGAUGGUUAAUCCUAUAUACAAGAAGGUUUUAUGGUCUUCCAUAAUCCAUAUGAUGAGGAGCAAGGGUCACUAAUACUCAUCAGAUAGGUGUAUCCUGCUAGGUGUCAAUCCAGAAUUCUAAGCCAGAGCUGAGGUCUCCACUUGUUUGGAGUGGGGUAUCAACCCUGUAUGUUAUGAUUCAGAGGUGGGAAUGCUAUCAAUUUAAAAGCUUGCAGUAGGUGCAAGAGGCCAUAUUUACAAAUUAAGCACAACAGAAGAAAUUAGGAAAUGCAGGAUGAACUUCCUACUAAAAGGCUGGUGAGUACCUAGAUAGAUUUUUUAAAAAUAUUUGUUCAUGGGAUGUUCGUGUCACUGGUAAAACUUAGCAUUUAUUGCUGAUCCCUAAUGUCCCUUGAGAAGGUGGUGGUGUAAAGCAGGCACACCCAUAGUGCUGUUAGCCAAGGGGUUCCAGUCACCAUGAAUUAACAGCAACAUAGUUCCAGGGCAGGACAGUGUGUGACUUGGAGGGAAAGAUGCAGGUGAUAGCGUUCUCAUCCACUUGCUGCCCAUGGCCUUCUCAGUGAUAUGGUUCGUGGGUUUAGAAGUAAGGUUACCAGCCCAGGUGGUGAAACAAGAAACUUUAACGGAUUUCAGAGAGGAAUUAGAGAGGUUCUUGUCAACAAAUGAGACUUGAGGAUAUUAGAAACGCAUUAAGGGAAUACUGAAAUAAAAGCAAAAUACUACGGAAGUUGGAAAUCUCGAACAAAAACAGAAAAUGCUGGAAAAACUCAGCAAGUCUAACAGCACCUGUGGAGAGAAAGACAGAGUUAACAUUUCGAGUCUGUAUGACUCUUCUUCAAUUCAAGGGAAUACUGAAGAUAGGCUAAAAUCAUUGGGCUGCAGCACCCUUACCGAUCUGGUUCAGUUUAACAGCAAGUCGCAAAUUGCUCUCACAACCUGGGGCUACUUCUACGGUGACUACCAUAGGUUCGGCAGGAAGAUUCUCGAGAUUUCAAGGGCACAUCUGGAGUGGGAGCACAAGCUAAAGCUUGUUCAUAACUUAGUCCAAAGGCGCAGAGUUGAAAAGUGGUCAGUGGUGGGAGCAGUGUUUUUUGCCUCUAGCAUCACACUUUGCACUCUAAAGAGAGACCUGAUGUUUAUCGUUGUUGGUGGGAUCGCAGUUUCCAUCAUUGCAUUCUUCUUUACUGCCAAGUUCCUUUAUGAGCUUCUGGCACGGAUCAUCAGCUUUCUUCAAAAUGACAACAGAGGUAGGCGAGGGAACCGCACCAUUUAUGACUAUGUCCGUGGGAACUACCUGGAUCCGAGGUCAUGCUUAGUCACCUGGGAUUGGAAGGACCCUCAGGAAGUUGGGCGCAUCAUGACUUUUCGAGUGCAUUUGUUCUACAAGAAUGGGCAGUCAUUCCCUGCACACCGGCCGGUAGGAUUACGAAUUCACAUCUCACACAUGGAGCUUGGGUUGGAUGUUCCCAUCACACAGGAGGUGCUUCAGGCGCAGAACAACAAUGUGGUGAAGGUGGGCUUCACAGUGCGGAAGGCAGGAAGGUACGAAAUCUCUGUCAAACUUGGAGGAUUGAAUGUUGCCCGCAGCCCAUACUACAAAAUGUUUCAACCUGGAAUUGUAUUUCCAGCAAAAACAAAAAUUCUCUACCACUUCUCCACCCUGGUACUGACCAAUGGACAGCAGCAUACUUUGCAGAUUGCCCCACGAGAUGAAUACGAUAACCCGACAAGUAAUGCAUUGGCUGUCAUUGACCAGGAUAAUUACAAAGUGCAGAUCAAAGAGCUUGGUGCCUCUGAAAAUGAAACGUCAGAGGUUUUGUUUAACCGAACCAUUUCUUCGAAUAAGACAAUGUGCCUAGUACUUCUGAACUUGACGUUGUGGAGAAAUGGUUGUUUUCGAGCAUCUGUUACCUAUUGGGAUCAAUUGAUUGGUAAUGGGGUGUUCGACAUCAUUGUUCUUAGUGAGAAUGAAAAGAACACAGUAGAAAAGAACGUGUCAACUCCAGGAACCAGUGUUUACUUCGAAGCAUACUUGUAUAGCACAGCAAAUUAUGCUCACUCUCAAUGGCAAUUAUCACCAGUCACAACUGCCACCAUGGGUCGACACCCAUCAACUAACACAGAUGAAGAAGAAGAUGAAAAAGAUUUGGAUCAGGAAAAUCAGACAGUUGAGAAAGUGAAGAAACCCAAAAAGGUUUAUUGUUACAUAUCACCAAAGCAAUUCUCAGUGAAGGAGUUUUACCUGAAAAUCAUCCCUUGGAGACUUUUUACUUUCAGAGUAUGUCCGGGAACAAAGUUUUACUACCAUGGUCCAGAUCCAGUGCAUAAGUUCUUGACUCUAGUGGUGGAUGAUGGGAUACAACCUCCUGUGGAACUCAGCUGCAAAGAAAGAAACAUCAUGGCAGCAACGUUUAUCCGUUUCUUACAUAAGAACAUUGGAGGUUCUGAAACUUUCCAAGACAAAGUGAAUUUCUUUCAGCGGGAACUUCGUCAGAUGCACAUGAAACGAUCACAUACAAAGAUUGUACUAAAAGUCAGCCGCCACAGUUUCCUUGAGUCGUCCCUGAAGGCCACACGAAACUUCUCAGUCUCUGAUUGGACCAAGAAUUUUGAGGUGAUCUUUCAGGAUGAAGAAGCAUUGGAUUGGGGUGGCCCACGCAGGGAAUGGUUUGAAUUGACCAGUAAAGCACUCUUUGACAAAAGCAUUGGUCUGUUCAUGCAUUUCAGUGACAAUAACCAGGGGCUGGUGCACCCAAACCCAGAACGAUCACCUCAUCUCCGACUAAAGUUGUAUGAGUUUGCAGGCAAAGUAGUUGGCAAGUGCUUAUAUGAAUCUGCUCUAGGUGGAGCUUACAAACAGCUGGUUUGUGCACGUUUUACUCGUUCAUUCUUGGCACAAAUCAUUGGACUCCGGAUGCACUAUAAGUAUUUUGCAACUGAUGAUCCAGAAUUCUACAAGAGUAAAGUAUGUUACAUCUUGAAGAAUGAUGUGAGUGAAAUGGACCUUGUUUUUGCUGAGGAAAAAUAUAACAAGUCGGGACACUUGGAGAAGGUUAUAGAACUGAUAGCAGGAGGUGCACUGAUACCAGUAACCAAUGACAACAAGAUAUUCUACCUGAACAUGCUGGCACAGUACAGACUGGCCAAUCAGGUGCGGCAGGAAGUGGAGUGUUUCCUUAAAGGUUUGAAUGAAUUAAUUCCAGAAAAUCUCUUGGCUAUAUUUGAUGAAAAUGAGUUAGAGCUGUUGAUGUGUGGGACUGGCAACAUCAAUGUAUCUGAUUUCAAGGCACAUGCUGUCAUUGUUGGAGGGUCCUGGCACUUCCGAGAGAAGGUAAUGAAGUGGUUCUGGACAGUGGUAUCCAGUUUCACCCAGGAAGAGCUUGCUCGGUUGUUGCAGUUCACAACCGGUUCCUCCCAGCUCCCUCCAGGAGGAUUUGUGGCAAUGUGCCCAUCUUUUCAGAUCAUCGCAGCACCUACACAGAGUACCUUGCCCACAGCCCACACUUGCUUUAACCAGUUGUGCCUUCCUACUUACGAUUCCUACGAGGAACUGCACAAAAUGCUGAAACUGGCCAUUAAUGAAGGCAGCGAAGGAUUUGGGAUGCUGUAACUAUGAGGCUUUGGGAUAUAAAAAGUGGAUCUAUCCAGUGGCAUGCUGAGAAAAGAAGCACAGGGUCUAGGAACUGCUAAGUUAAUGAUUGCCAUGGUUUUCCCAUAUCUGCCACACCACUUUCAAGACAGAAAUGGAUGGUAAUCACAGCUCUAUUCCAAACUGAGCCUUCAGCUGCUGGGUGAGCAGGUUUGAAAGACAAUGUGCGAUCAGCAUGCUACAGUCAACAUUUUCCAAGCUCAGCCUGGUACAUACAAGCAAUCAGUUCCAAAGCUGAGGUUUUCCAGGUUCUGUGAUCAAUGACAUCCUUCUGCAAUUGUCUGAUUUACCAAUCACUUAAUCUGGGAGAUGCUUUAGAGACUUCAGAGAUUUGUCAGGAAAUAGAAAAAGGACUAUUCUGAAUGUUCACAAGCAACCACUGAACUCCCUAUGUCAAUCUGUUCCUGCAGCACACAGCAUUAUGUGUCAAACAGCAUUUUGCGCACAUGACUGCAAAAGGGCUUGUACUUGGACUUUCAAUCUCAUGUGGUUGAGAGUUCUAGUGACCUUGCUCUGACCUCUGACUAUGCAAGGUCAUCCUAUGGUACCAGGCACUCAACUGUGAAAGAAACUGAAAGCAAUGCCAGGCUCUGCGCCCUGUCUCCCAGGCUCCUCUCUUAACUGAACUAUACUCAGGCUGUUGGCCUCCACCUUGAUCAAUGACUGUAACAGCCAAACUCUCAAACCUUCAGAUAACCGCACUUUUUCUGUGAACUGUUUUGUUGUUGAUCUGCUGAGACAGAUUCCAACCAAUCACAGGUUCACAAAAGGGAGGCGUUGUUUCGGUGUUAAGAUUUCAUUCAAAGCAAAAUAUUGCAGAUGCUGGAAAUCUGAAAUAAAAACAAAAAAUGCUGGAAAUAACUGAGCAGGUCAGGCAGCAGCUGUGGAGAGAAAAACAGAAUUAACAUAUCAGGUGGUUGAACUAUCAUCCGAACUGAUUCAACUUACAGAAGUAUUCAGAAGUUAAUAAUUAGUGAAGUGGAAGAAGAAUGAGUUGAUCAACAAUGAAGGGGAUUGUAAUGUGGGAGCAAUAACUGUUUCCAGUGCAUUAUUGUAAAUCAAGUACCAUAUAACACUCACUAAAAAAUUUGAGACUGCUAGAGGUGGAAAAUAAGCACUUCUCCCAAUUCUCAGUUAUAUGCUAAAUUCUAGCUGAAAGGUUGCAGUUAGGAGCCUUGUUAUUAGGAUCUCAUUAAAAAGAAAUGAUUAUUUCACAUAGUUGAGAUGAGACAUGCAUAUUGUAUCAAGCAAUGGUAUACUGCAGAUAAUUCUGGUUGGAAGUUGAUAAUUAUUUUGUGGUUUGCCUAAAGUGGUGUUUAAAGACAGGUUUUCCAAUACAACUGGAGACCAGCUGGGCUGCAUGGAUCCAGUCUUUUUAUUACAGGGAUGUCGUAAGCUGAAGCAUCGAGGGUGGAGACUGUCUCUAGUUUCAAUGUCUCAGCUAAGACAAUGCUUGCUAGGUACAGUAUCAGCUACAGACAGAACAAAAGACUUCAAAAUCAGGAUUUCUUUUAUCCUGCCUAUUUCAAUCUUUUAUAAUCUCCCACUCAAAUACUAGUAACACAGAGGUACGUUGGUUAUGUGUACUGUGAAUUUUUCCUCAUCCAUUCUCUGUCAAAAGAAGUCAUAACCUGCAUUCCUCCACACUCCUCCACAUAUGGCCAGCUCUCAGUACAGAUGUUACAACAAAAAGGUUAGAGAUCAAGAAAGGGUGUGACCUUAAAGUUUAUUUGCAGCUCACAUCAUCUAAAGUAACUUUACUUCAUAAUACAUGCCUCUAAGAAGAAAUGAAUAGAUUGAGUUUUAAUUAAAAUUCUUUUAGUACAGGUAAAGGCCAGUUUCUCUCUCUUUCUUUCUCUCCCUCCCUCCUCUCCCUGCCUCUCAUCUCUAUUUAUCUCUGUAAGAAAUUCCAAAACCACGUGACAAUAACUGAGUGCAUUAUGUGGCAAUUUGGUUUCUGGAGCUUGUCCCUUCUUUAAGAAAAGUUCACUGACUGCUUUGUUUUUGUUGCUGGGAUGUGAUGCUAUCUCAUCCUGAGCAGUCACUAUCGUGGGUUUGGUCAGUGCUAUUUAAUGUCAUCAGUUCACAAUUUAAAGAGGUUGCAUUGUUUAAAGGAGUAAGAAAGUCAUUAAAGGUAAAGUGGGCUGUAGCCACUUCUUGAUUAAGCAUUAGCACCUCUGCUAAAGUGUCAGUUUUUAGCUGGAUGUGUUGGUGAGCCCAAAUAAAUAUUCUAUUAAUGGGAAUCAUUUUAUUUUUAAAAUCAUGUGAUUUAUGAAGUUAACAGGAAUUUUGCUUUCAAACUACUUUCUCCUAUAACACUUAUUGCCUUUUAGUAGAUCUUCAGGCUGUUUUUAACAGCUCUUAAACAUUGGCUCUGAAAACUGGGGAAGGAGCUGCUGAACUGAGCUGAGCUGGCUGCGCUGCUCCAUCUAUGAGGGCAUCUGCAGCCUGGGUGAUGACCUGAAGAUAUAAGUAAUUUAGAAGUUCACAUGGCUGAUUUUAAUGAAGAAGUCCACUCUGUGUGAUUAAUUGUGGAGUUAUUAUAAAUACUGGUUUGAAUUAUACGUUCAUUUCUGGAUGUGUUAUCCAGAGCCGUCAGUGGUUUGCAUUUAGCUGCCUAAAAAACUGUAUUGUGACCACAUUGCACUUUUGGGGGGGGUUAGGAUUGCAUCUGAAUUUGGGAGGUAUUAUGAUCUGCACCUGGGUGUUCAGUGCAAUAAGAGGAGAGAGUGCUCUGUCUAACAGUGCAUUCACACUUAGAGGUUUAGAAUUGGAGCAAAAGAGUUUUGGCUUCAAAAUGGUAAACCUUCAAGUGUAACUGGGUGUCGAGGCCUAAACUGACUUCAAAGAGAAGUGGGAGAACCACUUCUUCCACGUAGUCUGACCACUUCUUCCUCUUGGUUAAGAUUGGUUCCUGAUUCUCAACUUAGACUGCAGGUAUAAUUAUAGCAUGCAGAUGGUAAAGGCACAAAGCUCAGAAAUGACCUUGCAAAGCAUGAAAUAUGUCUUCCUGGAAGUAAGGGGCAGAAAUAGUUUAGAAGUAGCACAUUGUUAGGUUAGACUGAAUAGGAAGGCAUACAUAGAUCAGGGAUUUCUAUUACCACCGUUGAUAUUGUUUUAUUACAAGAACUAGUUUAUUUAAUACAGCCAUUGUGUGUGGUCCUUCUCGAUUCAUUGCUGCCAGUAGAUUUUGUCCACUGUCGUCUUCUUCUUCCUCCUCAUCUGAAAGUACUGUUCUAUUUUAAUACCAAACCGUUUUAAUAGAUAAACGGGAUUAAACUUCAAAGUUGUUAUAUAAAAAGUAGAGCCUAACCUAAAUGUAAGUUCUCAACGUGAAAUUAAACAAUUCUUUUUUAGUAUAUUUUAUUUAAUAAAGCCUAUCAUUACAAUCCAACCAAGAAAGCAGCUAAACAUUUAGCAAUUAAUAUAUUCUUUAAAGAGAGAGAUUGUACAAUGAUUUACAUAUUUAAUGCAGUUGUCUUACAUUUUCUUUACAUAACAUUUGCAAGUAGGUACAUUAGUUGUGAUAUUUGCACGGUAAUUUUUCAUACUUCAGGGGAAUUGUGUGGGUGCACAAACCAAUCAUGUUUUCCUCGAUGCUAACUUAUCAGGGCUGUUAUUGAGUCUGUCAUCUUGAAUAUCUGGGAGCAGAUUUGGGCAGGGGAGUUGGGUGAGAGCAUAGGUAAGCAGGAUAUCAUAGGAAGGGGGAGAGUGGAGUGUGAGUUCAGGGAAGAAAGUGUGUUUGAAAGGAGCAUGGUGAUGAUGAAAUGGUCUACUGGUAUGAGGAAUUAAAUGGGGGAAAGGGGGUUUGGAGUGCGCUGAGUAUCUUUAGGAGAAAGGGCUUAUAAAACACUUUGAGGAAGAAUGCUGGAGGGGGAAGCCUUUCCACUGCUGAGAGAGUAUACUGGGACAGAUGGUAUGCAUACGUGGGGGAGGGCUGCAGGAAUUAAUCAGUUGUUUUACUGGACUGUCACAACUUCAGAUCAUGGUGAUCUGAUUAUUAUUUUCAGCAGUAAGUGGAAAAGAAUGGGGAGGAAUAAUCACAAUGAUGAGACUACUUAACUCUUAACAUUUUCAUCUAUGCUGCUUUUAAAAAGUUUCAUAGCAGAUGUUUCCCACUUACUGAGCGGAGACAUUUACUGCUGUGAAAAGAUAUUUAGCAGACGUUUCUUACCAAUGUAGACACAUUACAGCCAGCUGAAAUGCAGACAAGUUAGAAAUGUCCAUUGAGGACAUUUAAAUUGGCAGACAUAAUUAAAAUAGUGAUUUUUUUUUUGAUUUUUUUACCCUCUAAUAUUUAACUUGAAGAAGAUGUUUUUAACUUUAGUUUAACAUUCAUUCUGAAAAAGGGAGAAAAAACUUUUAAAUGCAUAAAAACAGUAGCUAGGGAUGUGACAUGGUGAUGAGAAAGUGCUGCAUGGGUUUUUUAAAUCUGUAAUCAUUAGUAUCAGCAUCACCACUUAAGUGCAAAGUACUUACCCUGUGUGGAUUCCACUGUUAUUUGACAGAAGAAGAAGUGUUGAAAUAAAAACAGAAAGUAUAAGAGAUAUACUACAGGUCUGUCAGCAGAAGCAAAAAAAGAUCUUGACGUGGAUUCUUUGCCAGAACUGCAAACCGAAAGAUAAAUCAGUUUCGCUUUCAAGUCCUGAAGUAGGACCUAAGUCUGAAAUGUCAAUUUAUCUUUUCUUUUUACAGAUGCUAACAGACUGGCUGUGUACUUCCAAUAAUUUCUGCUUUUACUUAACAUUUCAUAGGUUGCUUCAGUUAAUUGACUCUUCCAUGGAGUGUAGGAGUCUUCUGUCUUAAUCUAACAGGUUCAUUGCAAACAUGGCCAGAUUACGGGCAACUGUGUUUACUGGCUAGCAUCUUUGUACCAUUUGUCUUUUUAGAAGCAGAUUGAAAUGAAUUUGUUUUAAUUUCCAUCAAUGCUGAGUUCUACAGUACAUAGAAUCUGCUUUAAUGCAUCUUGAUGGUUGUAGCACUGAAAACUAGUAAAUGGACAUAGCCUGUGGGGGUUUCUUGUCCUGUACCACGGAAGUGAUUUAACAAAUGAAGAUAUUGAUUUCAUGAAAACAUAUUCGAUCCAAUUCUUGUUCCCUUUCCUAACGCCAGAGCUUUGUGUGUUAUCUUUGGCCAUUCCAGAACAUUAAUACAAUCUACCAUCACAACAUGGUAUCAUGGGAUUUCACUUGUGGUGAGGGUAUGGUGAUAUACGGCUGAUGCAAAGACUAUUUUGGCCACAAGACCAAUAGUAUAGUUCCAUUUGUUGUUCCAAUAACUCUUAGUAAGGAGGUGAUCUCAAAAAAUGUGUAAAGGAGAAAAUAAAUAAGCUCGAGCUGGCUCUUUGCUUACAGAAUGCACUGGAUCAUGUGUUGUCCACUUCAAGGUAAAAAUUCUCACCAUAUCACUAGUAUUGCCAGACUAGGAUGGUUUUAAUAAUGUACCAUGUAAAUAGUCCAGCUCAACAGUUUUGUCUGUGAACUGAAUAUUAUUUAUUUGUAAAAGACUGGUACAGAUUUUAUAUUUCGAACGCUGUUUGCAAUGCUUGGUGGUAUGGAUGCUCUUGAAUUUGUCUUUUUUGAAUAUUUAUACUGUUUAUGAUUAAAAUUCACUGAAUAAA